AUGGCACCCAAGAAGCAGGCUGCAGCACAAGUCAGUGCCGGCCUUCCCCUCGAAGGUUGCAUCAUUUGCCUCUCUGGUAAUGUGCGUUCUUGGUCGACUUGCAGAGGGAACUUGCCGUUCGUCUGACGCAGCAUGUACUCGCUUGUCUUCGUUCCAUAGCUUGGAAGGUCUCGCAACGAGAUUGCAGACCUGAUCUCUUCCGCUGGCGGGGCGACCAGCGUGAGCAUCACCAAAAAGACGAGCCACCUUGUUUGCUCCGCAUACGAAGUCGAGUAAGUGCACCUUGCCUAGUCGUCGUGCCUGACUCGCAUGUAUGCCCACAGACUGAGCAUUUUCACCUCACUUGCUCACUGCUAACAGCGGAGUCAAAGCCAUCCAGGCCCGUGAAGCAAAGCUGCCGGUGCUUGCGCUAGAAUGGAUCAUCGACUCCAAUGUGAGCGCAACUAUAGACUAGGCCAUUGCGCUUCUGCUCAUGGGCUUCCCUGUGCCUUUAGAGACUGGGCAAAAAGCAAGACAUCGCGAAAUACGAAUGGGACGACAAUGGGCAAAACCAACUGACCAGAGAUGCUUCGGACACGGCCGCGAAAGGCAGCAAGCGAUCCGCUCCUGCAAAUGGUACGCAUCUCGAGGGCCUGUAUGCUGCUUGAUAGCUCCUUACAAGUGUGGAACCUCGGCGUCUGCAAAGGUGAUGACGAUGACGAUGAUGCGGACGACGAAGACAAGAAGAAGUCGCGUUCACAGCGCUCCGCUUCUCCUACGAAGCGCACUCGAACGCUGCGCACGCCCGAGCCAUCCAAACCAACAACAGUGGGUUAGUACAGCAACGACAAGCCUGCCCUCAGACGUACUUUUGAUCGCCUUCCUACUGCUUGCCUCGCCCUUCAUAGUCAGGAAGGGUGCUGCUCCCGUCGACAUCUAUUGUGGUCUCAAGGACACCUUUCAUGUGCUCGCACGCGACGGCGAAAGUGAGUGACUUUGCAUCUGAUCAAUCUACCGCUGGACUCCCGGUCUGAAGCAGCUGCUAUGCCAAUCGUUCUUGCAGUCUACUCAGCCACAUUGAACCAGGUGGAUGCGGGCAAGAACGCAUCAAAAGGUCAGUCUCAGCAAGGUAGCAGGCUGGAAGUAUGCUGAUUAAAGGCUUCACUGGUGUCUCUCAGCAUACUUUCUUCAGAUUCUAGUGCCUGAUGAUGGCAAAGGUGAACCUGUAGUCUUCACUCGUUGGGGUCGCGUCGGCGAGCCUGGCCAGCAAAAGACCAUCGAUGUCUCGAACGAAGCCCAGGCAAUCUCGGAAUUCAAGAGCAGGUUCAAGUCGAAGACUAGCUUUCCCUGGGAGGCUCGAGCGACGGCGCCUUCCGAGCCAGGAAAGUAUACUUGGCUCGAUGUGGACUUUGGCCACGACGACACGGAAGGUGCAGAUGAGCAGGGGGAAGAUGCCAGACCAAGCCGGGCAUCUACCGCCUCGCCCACCAAAAAGGUAAGUGCUGCGAUACGCAAACAGCUUGUCAGCUGCUUACAGCUGCACACACACAUAGGCUCGUGCAGAGGCUUUCCCCAGCAAGCUGUCUCCGUCCGUGCAGUCUCUAGCACGCUUGAUGUUCAAUCAAAGCAUCAUAGAUCGCACUCUCGCUGAGCUCAAGUAUGAUGCAACCAAGCAACCUCUGGGUAGGAUUGGGGGCACGACGCUUAAGCGUGCGCUAGGCGUGCUCUCUUCGAUCUCAGAUUCGCUGGAACAGCCGAGCGGAGGGACGCAAGCUCAAUUGCAAUCGCUUUCCAACGAGUACCUUUCGCUCAUUCCGCACAUCUUCCCACGCAACACGCGUCCUCCGGUCAUCAACAACAUGGAGAUGGUCAAGAAUGAGCUUGACGUGCUUGCCACACUGGGCGAAAUGGAAGCGGGUGCGAAGCUGAUGAAGUCUACUGCAGCUGGGGAUGUCAACCCGCUGGAUGCUCGCAUCGAAGGUCUCAAAUUGAACAAGUUGGAAGUGCUCGAGCACGAUAGCAAAGAGUUCAGCAUUCUGCAGGAUUACGCGCUUCACACGCACGGACAGACCCAUCAGCACCUGAGAUACCAGGUCGAAGACAUUUUCGUGGUGGACAGAGCCGAUGAUCGCGCCAAUCCUUUGGGCAACAUUGGAAGCAAGAAAUUACUGUGGCACGGGUCACGUUGCAGCAAUUGGCCUGGCAUCCUGGUGGGUUUGGUGCUGAUCCAGCGGCAGAUCUUGAUGCAGCAGCGCGCUGACGACGUCUGAUCGGCCUUUGCAGAGCCAAGGGUUGCGCAUUGCACCACCAGAAGCUCCGGUAUCCGGCUACAUGUUCGGUAAAGGCAUAUACCUUGCCGACUCUAUGUCCAAAAGGUGAUUGAACUUUACGCUCGGUAGACCAGGCUGGCAAGGGAGCCCUAGUUUACCAUUCAUCCUCUGUGGGCAGUGCUGGAUACACGUGUCCCCAUUUGAGCGAGGACACCGGCUUGCUUGUACUCUGCGAAGCGGAGUUGGGCAAACUAUUGAUGCUCCGUCAUGCUGACUACAAUGCGGACGAGAAAGUGAAGGAAGCAAAGGCCCACUCCACUCUGGGUAUGGGUCAACACAUCCCGUGAGUGCCCUGCGGGAUCCCAAGCCGCCAGUCAGUAGAUCGCCUAAAUUUUGACAAGGUCAUUCGAAAAUCUUGCAGGGCAUCCUGGGAGGAUUGCGCCAAGCUAGGCCUGGCAAAAGACUUGAAAGGCGUGCUCAUGCCAGUCGGCGGUCUCAAGGACGAUUCUGAUAACGAUCGAUCUCUGAUGUACAACGAGUACAUUGUGUACAAUGUGGAACAGGUCAAGUUCCGAUACCUGUUCCGCAUCAAGUUCAAGUAG